UCUAGUGUUAUGCUAUUUAUUAUAUAAUUUAUAUUCACAUCAUUUUGUAAUACACGCCAAGCGUUCAAAACGUUGGGAUUAUCGAGAGCUAACUCACGCACCGAAACAAAUGUCGGACAAUAACAUGAAAUUCUUGUCCGCAAAGAAGUUUGAGAGCCGAGACCUCUUUGAGUCCACUCUCGACUCUAUACUCAUUCCUCGGAGUCCGGGAACCGAUGGCCACAAGAAGGUUCAGAAGUUUAUACGGAAAACAAUGUCGACACUGGAGUGGACGGUAGAGAAUGACGAGUUCACGGCCAACACACCGCUGGGUCGGCGCACGUUCACUAACAUUAUGGCCACUUUGAACCCAAACCAUUGCAAACGAGUGAUACUCGCCUGUCAUUACGACUCCAAACUCAAUCGGGAGAAGACAUUUCUGGGCGCCACCGACUCGGCCGUCCCCUGCGCUCUCAUCAUACAACUGGCCCUCACUCUCGACAAAUAUCUCAAAAAGUCAAACAGCGAUACGACUCUACAACUGGUGUUUUUUGACGGCGAGGAGGCUUUUGUCCAAUGGACUAACGAGGACUCGCUGUACGGCUCCCGACAUUUGGCCAACAAAUGGAGUCGCAGUGCGUAUCCCAAAGAGCUGAAGAGCCGGUGCGCUAACGGCACGACUGGCCAACCGGUGCGCGAAUUGGACCGAAUCGAGUCACUCAUUCUGUUGGACUUAAUUGGGGCACAGAAUCCACGAUUCUAUAGCUUCUAUCCCAACACUAAACCGCUAUUCAAUAGGAUUGUAGAAAUCGAGAAAAAGUUAAAUGAAAUGAAUUUACUGGAAACAAAAGCGAGUGGUAAAAAGACGGCUUAUUUCAACGCCAGGCAGACAUUCAACUACGUGGAGGACGACCACAUGCCAUUCCUCAGACGCAACGUACCCAUUGUGCACGUGAUCGCCACACCAUUCCCGGCCGUUUGGCACCGGGAGUCCGACAACAGAGAAAAUCUGGACUUUCCUACCAUUCGUAACGUAUUAAAGAUACUUCAGGUGUUUGUCGCCGAAUACCUUCAUCUCAAUGUCGACUAGAAGUCAUUGUAAGACAAUUGAUGUGAAGAUAAUUAGGUUUUUGUUUUGAUUUGAUUUUUGUUUU